AUGCAGAGGAGAAUGGCAUUGCGAAGAAAGCUUCACAUUUUGAAAACUCUAACAAAUUCCAAAUCAGUGAAAAAGAGUUCCAUUAUAAUGGAUGCCUUUCUCUAUAUCUACAAGUUGAAGCUCCAAGUAGAAGCCAUCCAAAGAGAAUACCAGUACCUCGUAAAUCAUAUCCAAGAAGUGAAGGUAGAGAAGGAUGGGACAAGAUAUGUAGUGAGGGUGACAUGCAAGAAGGGAGAAGAUUUGUUGGUGUCAAUUAUUGAAGCGUUUGAAGAAAUGAAUCUUAAUGUCCUCGAAGCCAAAGUCACCAGCAAACACUUCUUUGGAAUGGAAGCCAUUGCUGAAGCUAAAGGCCAUGACAUUGAUUCAAGAAUCUUGACUCAAACCAUUCUCAAUGUCAUUCAAAGGCCAACUGGAAAUGGGGCUAUCAAUUAA